UCUUCCUACAGAAUGUACAACGUUUGUUUCACGACUGUAUUCAUUAAUAUAUAACACGUGUAGUUCUUCUGCUUUUGUAGUCAACAAACUUUCCCAUUCAAGCAGAAUAUUGGUCCAAUUUACCCGAGGGAUGGCUAAAAUUAUCGAAUGUGUUCCUAAUUUCUCCGAGGGCCGUGACAAAGGUGUCAUCGAUGCCAUUUCACAGUCAAUCGCUUCGACUCCAGGGGUCAGUUUAUUGGAUGUUGACCCAGGAGCAUCAACAAACAGAACUGUCUACACGUUUGUUGGUUCACCAGAUGAUGUCGUGCAGGGAGCUCUGAAUGGUGCAAGGGUAGCAGCUGAUCUUAUUGAUAUGAGAGCACAUCAAGGUGAACACCCAAGACUAGGUGCUCUUGAUGUCUGUCCAUUUAUUCCUGUCAGUAAUGCAACAAUGGAUGACUGUGUACAGUGUGCUAAAAGCUUUGGUGAAAGAGCUGCAAAAGAGAUAGGAAUACCAGUUUAUCUUUAUGGUUAUGCAUCUGAACAAGAUUACAGAAAGUCAGUUCCACAAAUUAGAGUUGGUGAAUAUGAAGGACUAUCAAAAAGGAUUGUUACACCAGAAUGGGCACCCAAUUAUGGACCUGCCGAGUUUAAUGCAAAGUGGGGAGCAACAAUAGCUGGUGCCAGAAAGUUCUUAAUUGCUUACAAUAUCAACAUCCUUGGAACAAAAGAACAAGCUCAUAAGAUAGCACUGAACCUCAGGGAGGGAGGGAGAGGACCAGAUAAGCCAGGAAGAUUAAAGAACGUCCAAGGUAUGGGCUGGUGGUUGGUCGAAGAGAAUAUUGCACAGGUGUCUCUCAAUCUUCUGGACUAUGAAGAAACCCCAAUGCAUGUGGCAUUUGAAGAAGCAACUAAAGAUGCCAAGGAAUCAAAGCUUGGUGUAUGUGGAUCUCAAGUGGUGGGUCUUGUGCCUCUUGAUGCUAUACUUAGAGCUGCUGAUUACUACAUCAAGAAAGAGGAUUUGUUUAUUGUGGAACAGGAUCAAAAAAUUAGACUGGUAGUGGAGAGGCUUGGCUUGAGCUCCAUUACACCAUUUGACCCUAGAACACGUAUCAUUGAGUACAUGAUUGGGGAAAGUGCUGGGCCAUUGGUAUCAAUGUCAUUGAAAGAUUUUAUACUGAAUGUAGGUGCCAGAACCUCAGUACCAGGUGGAGGUUCAGCUGCAGCUGCUGUUGCUGCCAUUGGUGCAGCAUUAGGAACCAUGGUUGGGUUCAUGUCAUAUGGGAACAAGAAGUAUGAAUCCCUCGAUCCCUUGAUGAGAACGCUGAUACCACCACUCCGCCAGACCAUGUUGGACCUGAUUGAUAUGGUUGAUAAGGAUACUGAUGCUUUCAAUGACUUCUUGAUGGCCAAAAAGCUUCCAAACAAUACUCCUGAAGAAAAAGAAAUACGUAACCAGGCAACAGAGGAAGGUCUUAAAAAGGCUGUCAAUGUACCAAUGUCAGUGAUUGUUACUGCUAACAAAGUAUGGCCUCACUUGGUGGAACUUUCCAAGGUUAGCAACAUCACAACGAAGUCAGAUCUACAGGUAGGAGCACGGAGUAUAGAGACAGGUGUCUGGGGUGCUUACUACAACGUGAAGAUUAAUUUACCUGACAUCAAAGACAUGGAUUUCCAGAACAAGACUUUAAAGGAAGCUGACGAAGCCGUUUCAUUUGCACAAGAGAAAUGCAAGGAAGUGUUGGAAAUACUAGAUAAAAGAACAAACUAAUCAAAACAAAUAGCAGUACUUCAUCAAGGGUUUGUGAUAACGAAAGGAACAACCUGGUGCAAGAUGGCCUAUAUUCUCUGUUAUUCAUUGGUUGUAUAUCUGAUAAGAUCAUGGAAAUAAGCUAGAAAAGGACUUCUGUCCUUUUGCGGGACACUUCCACGGAAUCAUGGGAAUUAGCUCGGGAGAUUUACAACUUCCAACAUUAGUUUCCAUAAUUCAUAAAUGACGGCAUGCAUUUCCAAAACUUCCGUGAUAUUUUCAUGACUUUUAAAAUUUCAUAGUAUGAAUAUGAAAUAUGUUGGAAGUCGCCACUUCAUUUCAGGAUUUGGAGCUUGCAUGAAUUUUCCAAGUGAUCUUCCAAACCCAGUACAUAAAAUCAUUAGUCAUACCUGAUAGGGUCAGCAUUUGAUUUUCGUCUUUCCUUCUCAUAAUCAGGUAUAGUUCUCCAUUUAAAAGUUAACUCCCAGUUGAAUACACCUCGAUUAUUACCCCCUUGGUCUUUCGCAUACCCAAAUGUUCUUAAAUCGAUAACUUCGAUAUCCGGGGUAACAACGAUAGUUCUGUUGACGGCGAUCCUCGCGAGCAGCGGUUCCAACCAACCAUUAUUAGUCUCGCAAUGGGAAUCAAGAAAGACUAACACUUGACCACGUGCUGCUUUGGCGCCAAUGAGACGAGCUCGUAUUAGACCCUCGCGUUUUGGGGCCCGAAUUAGAUGAACUUUAACAAAGUCUUUGAUGUAAUUUUCUAAUUUACUUCCAAGAUGGUCUGGAGAUAGAUAGAAAGAUUCAGAAGUUAAGCAAUAUUUCUUUUCCGGUCCUGUAUCCUGACAAUAUUUUUGUUAUUUUUUUUACCCAAAAUAAGUACUUCUGUUAUGUUGCCGAAUUAAAGUCGAGCGUUACAACAAGCUGAAGUCUUGGCGUAGGAUGGGUAUUCAUCGAGUUAUGCGCUUCGAGUUACGCGCUUUUCGAGUUACGCGCUCUACCACCCCCAAAUUUGACGUCUUCACGCGGUGCGCGUAACUCGAUAUCAUUAAAAAGUUGCUUAUUAUAGCGUAACUCGAACUGCGAAAGAUUCCUUCCUGCAGUCGAGUCACGCGCCUAUCGCGUAACUCGAACUCACACAACUUUCUUAAUGACAUCGAGUUACGCGCACUGUGUGACAACGUCAAAUUUGGGUGUGGUCGAGCGCGUAACUCGAAAAGCGCGUAACUCGAAGCGCGUAACUCGAUGAAUACCCGAUCCCGUCGGUGUCAGGCUUACGUGCCACAGGCAUAAAUAAUGAUGAUAAUGAUUAAAGCAAGCUGAACAUAACAUUUCUAUAAUCUAUCUUAUCCAUUUAUAGAAAAAACAACAAAGGAAAUCUGUGCAUAAAAUAAGUAAUUAUGCUAGAUUAUUAGACUAUUAAUCGUUCUAAAUUUCCUCGCGCAAUGAACGCUAGUUGGAAAAGUAACGUUGCGUGACAACGUGACGACCCUAAGAACGUCUGCGCAGGAGGCUAUAUAUAUAAUCUGAUACAUGAAAAUAAUAUCUAUUUUAUUGCAUUAUCUUAUACUUAAAUGGGCACUUGGACGAAAAUUGCUCAAAAUCUAAUUCGGCUUAAACUUUACUGGAAUAAUCUUUAAUAAAUGUAAUAUUUCCCAUCGGAAAAUCACAACUUUAAACCGACUGUAAGCCGAUUUUCGUCCAAGUCCCCCUUUAAGCUCAUCCGUCACAUUUUAAUUAUCAUUCAAGUAGAUAUUAUGCAAUGAUAUUAGUGUCAGGACAAACGUCGAGCUUCACGGUCUUCUUUGAUGUCAUUAGGUUCGGCUCAUGCGAAGUUCGACGUUUGACAUGGAGUCUUAGUAAUAAUAAUAGUUAAAUAUUGAAACAAGUAAAAUUCGCUUUUAUAGUAA